GUUCGGUUUGCCAGGAUCGAGCUCCCGCAGUUGUGUAUUUCGCCUUCGAAGUGAACGAAUUCAGGAAUAGCGAUCUGCAGUGAGAUCGUUGCGUGCAGAAAGUGAAUGUGUAUUCCCGUUGCUGAGAAAGUGAAGUUUACGUGUGACAUUUGCUGUGUACAAUCGUGCUUUCUUUGAACCGACGCGCGUUUGUGAAAUCGGACGAAUGAUUGUCGCGAGUAAAGAAUACAAAGCGUCUGCGCUAUAGUUUUACACUGGGUGCGUGAUGUGAGAAUAGAUGAAAAAGCAGUUCAACAUUACUUCGAUGGGAAAAUAAAUGCUCAAAUGAAUAUAUAACGCACGAAACAAAACGGCCAGUGGUAGCAAAUUAUAAACAGGUUGGGCCCCGUUACGAGACACAUGAAUAUAACCUCAAAUUUGAGCUGAAAAUCAUCGCAACACUCACACAUCUACUUGCGCUUGCGUGAGUCAAGCCAGUGUAGCAGUGCAACAACAGCGACGAGUACGUUUGUAGUAGUGUUCGAAUCGUUUGAAAAACAAGUGUGGUUCCGCGCGUGCGUGUAUGCGUACGAGGGUUUUGAAAAACGAACGAUAAAGAAAAUAGUGGCUUUGGAGUUGGUUGUGAAGUGCAAAAACUGUGGCGAUUGAAUGUUUGCAACAAUUGGAAAUUAUUUUGUUGGUAUUACUGUGCCACGGUAUAAUCGUCCUUGAAUGAAGGGCUGCAGACAAAGUUUCAAUGCGUGCAAAGUGCAGGACGCCAUCUUAAUGUAGAGAUUUGCAACACAUAGGAAAAAAACGCUGCCCCGUUGUGUGUCAGAUUGACAAGUGCAAAAUAACGGAGCGUGUGUAUACAAACAGAGACGCAGCGUCGUAAGCAGAAAACUUUGAAGAAGUAAAGAAACCCUUGCAUUUGGGACACACCAAAAGUGGCGGAAGGUUUACUGGUGUAAAAUUACAAAAAAUCGCACUACACAAUGGGAGCGCAGGUGUACUUCAACAUGAUGGAAACGUUGCACUGUUCGGUACCACCGCCAGUGAAAAUCGGCCACAGGCAUUCCGCGACGAAAACAAAACUAACCAGAACCAAAAGGAAUCUGUUCGGUGCGGUUAAAUCUGAUGAAGUUAAGCAGAUUUACGUGGCUCAAAUGCAGCUGCAGGAAGAAGAAAAGAAGCAAAAAUGGAACUUCGACUUCCGCCACGGCAUUCCACUGAAUGGGACGAUGCAAUGGGAGCAGGUUAACCGUGUCCCGGUGGUACCGAUUUGGAGUACCCAGGCUGCACAUGUUCUAACUGUCGCCAAUUCCUCUGGCGUUAAACGAACGAGUAGCAUCAGCUCAGAAGAUUGCCUUUCGUCGGAAGAACUGUUGGAUGAGCGAGCGGAACGUGCCAACCGAGACUUCGGCGGGGAUGUAGAAUCCCAUGAUGAGUCACAAUCUUCAAAUCCCUCGACACUGCCGCUGGAACAAGUAAAGGAAGCGAUACUGCCCAGCCCUCCCCAGCGCACCGGUUCGCCAAAGCCUUCGUCGUCGAAGGGUUCGAAAAUGAGGCAGCCGCAAAUUACAGAAUUUAUGAAAGAACGCAAGCGUCGCUUAUCGUCCAACGUUCCGGUGGAGAAAAUUUCCGCCAAAAAGGUACGCAUGAUGUUGGCGAACCCCGAGAAUGGCGUUGGCCAGCAGCAGCAGCAGCAGCAGCAGGAGGAGGUUGCAACUUCAUCAGCAAACUAAUAAACAGUGCCAUCUGAUGCGAGUGGAGAAGAAUCAGGACCAACAAAUCUUUAUUUCUACAACACAGCCGACACUUUCCCAAGACGACCGACGGAAUCCGAUUAUCAAUGCAGCGCACCCGAAGUGUAAACAGUAUAUCAUUAUAUUAUUGGCCUCCUGUUUGCGCUACCCUUUGGUCAUCGCGUUUUCGUUCAAAAACUGUCCCGCCUGGCAAACGGUUGAAUAGUUCAUGUUCAACAGCUUUUACUAUUAGUACUAGUUACGUCACUAUAACUUGAACAUUUCUUAUAUCUUUAGUCAAUUUUUCCAUGAAAUUGUAUCGUACCAUUAUAUUUGGUAUGAGUUUGCUUUGUAUAAUUGUUUUUUAACAAUGGUACAGAAUUUUGAUGCAAUCAUAGCGUAUAUUUUUUAAUCUGUUCUGCACAUUUCUCCAAUUACGAAUCAUCCUAUCGGUAAUAACGUAAAAGGGAACCUAUUCCAUAAGCACGCUUUAUUGCUAUCCGUUGGUCUAUUGUUUCUUUUUUUUUGAGUUGAUCUAUAUUUAUGUACAUGUACAUUCGCCAAUUUAUAUAUAUUUUUUUGGAUAUCUACAAUAAAGUAAUUAUUCUCAAUUAAUUCGACGGGGGAGGUAUAGACGAACCGCGCAACCAUCAUGUAAGGUUUGGUUGUACUGCUAGCUUGCUAUAACCGAUAGAAGCACCGCAAUUGUGGAUCAAGAGAUUCAUCCUGAUCUAUCGCUUAAUACAAGCUAAGGCUUCCAAACGCGGUAGAAACGUUCUACGAGAAGUAAAAUAGUAAAAUUAGCGUGUAUAUAUUUAAUUUCGUCGUACUACGUUUACAGCAGAAAACAUUUUCCUUUGCAAACCCCUGUUUUUACAAGGGAAAAUUAUUUUCUUGCUUCGCGAUUAUCAUGCGCCACAUAUUGUUAGAUGUUUGAUAAGAUCUUCGACAAUUGUUUGUUGAAAAAAUGAUCUCAUCUCGUACCUAAUGCUUGCGCAAGAAAAUUAAUGUCGUGUUAUUCAUAAAUGUUAUGCGCAAGUGUUCCUCCUACCUUCUAAACUUUCCUAGUCUUUUCUUUUGUUUAUUUUUUUUUCUUUUCGUCUAUUGUGAAUCUAUUGCGGUGGGCUAUCCUGCCUUUAGAAGGUAUUUUGUCUAGUAUAGUAUAGUUAAGAAACUAAAACGUUUAAUUCUAAGCAUUGUCGAAGCGCAAACACUCGUUACGUUUAGUUCUCGUGCCAAAUCGAGAGUGGAUACUUGUAACAUAAGUAUAUAGUCUAACGAUACGCACAUUUGCGAUACGGUGACAGGUUCAUUUUCGUAGCGAGAUAUGGCAUAGAAAAGGCACGAUUUGAUUUGUGCCGGUAGCUGUUGUGGAUGGGAUAGAUCAAAUAGUUCCUUUUCGUCAAUGGCAUAUCCACUUGCAAGUAAACUAUUCUGCUGGGAGUAUAAAUACAUCGUGAACAACAUUUAUCGUUACCAUAGACGAAUAGCAAACGUGAAAAGAUUCCGCGGAAAAUGGGCGACGCAUAUACAAACAACAAAAUCUAAAGAAAAUAUAAUAUUUACCAGCAAAUACAGAAAUCAAGUAAUGGAAAUGAUACAAUAAAACAGGUUUCUCUAAAAUAUUUGUAAAAAAAAACUCUCGCUCUAUGCUUUUUUUCGCUAUUACCGAUGGUGAUUGUAUGCAAAACAAUAAUUUAUGCAGUAGGGUUAAUGAAAAAUUUUCAAAGAAAAGAAUGAAAUUAGGGUAAUGGCUAAAUGUUUAGUAUUACACAUCGCUAGAAGAAACACAAAGUUAGCACCUUUGCUAAAAUGCGAAUAAUUGACUCAUGGAUAAAAUAAUUAUGCGCGCUAAACUCAUUGCCACUGGCCUGAUUUUGUAAACACAGCCCACCCUUUUAUAAUUGUUUAGCGUUUUGUGAGUAUUAGGCAGAGGCAGAUACUUGUGUACAGAAGGCAGCACGAUAUAGUGCGUUUAGUGUUAGGUGCUUGUAUGAAUUUUGAUAGAAGGUUCAAUUGAAAGAUUUUAGGUUUCUUAGGAAAAGUAGCGGAAGUUUCAGUUACAGAAGAUAUUUAAAGUUUGCAUCCAAAUAGUAGUCGUCCUUUGAAGACGUUUUAUGCACCAUAACGAAUAAUAUGGACCAAAACAUUGAACAAAAACAGAAGGAAAAUUCCUUUUUUUUAAAUUCACAUAAAUGCAGAAUAAAAGCAAGAACCUGAUAAUACAUAAAGAUUAUAAGCAAAUCGAAACGGUUGGAUCUCUUUUUAGAUAUGUGCUAAGUACUGUAAAGACAAGUAAGCGAUAGAUAAAUAUCUAAAAAAGGAGACGGUCGAUGAGCGAAGUGCAAAAUUAUCCGAUAAACAAAAAAAAACAGCCACAAGAAAAAACACCACAAACACAAUCAAAUCUGAUGUAAUUAAAACAGUUAAAAACGUAAAGUUAGCAUAGAACCUCAUGUAGAACAAAAAGUUCCCUCUGGACAAAUCAACAUAUUUACCGUAUUAAUGGCGAAACAACUAAUCAAACAAACACAUCCACACGCAGAAGAAUACUAUAUAGUAGUGAACAUGUUAGUCAAUCACACAACAGUAGUAACCAGCACACCGUUUAACCGUGGUUAAGUGUAAAGUAAAGCAUGGGCGAAGGAACCACGAUCCGUAACCAGGCAACGUGCAAUAUGAUUGGGCACAGUGAAAAAGGAUAAUUUUAUUUUGUUUUUCGCCCGACUGUACUCAUUGUACCCUUGGUUCAGUUAGUGGUUCUUCAGUGAAGAAGGCGGAAAUAAAUCACAUAAAAUUUUAUUUGCACUCAAUGAUGGACGAUCGAAUGUAAGCGAUUGGAAAGGCGAUAAA